AUGAUACCUGGCACGCAAAGGAAUGCAUGUCUAUCAUGCCGUCAAAGGAAACUCAAAUGCAAUAGACAGCGACCAUGCACAAACUGUAUUGCUCGCUCAGUCGAGUGCAAGAAACAGUUACUCCCGGCAGUCAGCAGAGGAGCCAAAGGACCUCUCGAUGAGUCUGAUCCAUCGACAAUAUCAAAUAUCCUCUCCAGGUUGGAUCGAAUUGAAGCUUACAUCAAUCAAACGAAAGAUAGUGGCAGUGCCAGCCUUGUCUCAACCCCAAUUGGAAAUGAGCUCAACAUGAUACGAAAUGACGUUCCAACCAUAGCCUCGACAAGACAAGCGCCACCAAUCGAUAGAACCACUCAGUCAAUCCCCUCUGAUCUCGGGAUGCAACGGGUCAAAGUCUCAGCAAAUGACAACAUCCUGCGCCUUGCUCUAAUGCAUAAUCUUUCCAUAUCCAUCUCGACAGACUCCCAAGUUCAGAAAUAUACGGACUCCCGUCAGAUUCAACUGCCUCCUAAAUGGGAGGCUAUUCGCUUAUUUCAAGUCUACCUUAAUUAUAUUGGCCAAUUUCAACAUAUCAUCUACGAGCCACAUUUCCGCACUUUGAUCGAGGAAGUCUACUACCAAGUAGCUCAUGUCUCAACGACAACUGCGCCACGGGGGUUAGCUUUGAUAUUAGGUAUCAUUGCAAUAGCAACCAUACUCGAGCCUCUCCAAGGCAAUCUAGAUGCAGUCAUCCCUGUUCUCAAAGAACGGCUGAGUAUAUGCGCCAUCUACAUCCGAUCGUCUAUGGAUUGCUUGGAACAGCAUCGCCGAAGAAUGAAUCACUCGCUCGAGAAUGUACAAGCUAUGCUUAUUCUUCAAUUCCUCAUCAACCAUAUUGAAGCUUUCUCUCCCAGAUACCGCGCCUUACUAACCGAGGCCAUUGCGGUGUCUCACAGUCUCGGCCUCCAUCUCAUUGAUUUGACAAUAGCUAAAGGAAGUCUAUCGCAGGAUGGGACAGACCCAGUUACCCAAGAGAUGAAGCGGAGAGUUUGGUGGUAUCUGGCAGCCACGGAUUGGAUGGUAUCCAUGGCAGAAGGGCCACUUGAAGCAGUCUACCUCAUCCAGCCGAAGCUUACCACUUCCAAUAUCCCGAGGCAUAUCAAUGAUGAAGACCUUGGCAAUCCUAACAUCCAAGAGCGGCCACUGUCAGAACCGACUACCAUGUCAUAUGUUUUGCAUCGUCUCAAAAUCGCAGAAAUAGCUCGAUGCAUUUCAGACGUGAUACCGCACGAUCCAAACGACGCGACUUGCGAACUAAUAGUCCCACUUGAUUCCAAACUCGAAUCGCUGAUUCAAGACCUCCCAGCUUUCUUCAAAGUCGAAAUUGCAGACUCGGAAGAGACUAGAGUAAUUGACCAGACCCAUUCGUACAUUCCUAUGCAGCGACUCUUGAUUAAUAUGAUGAUCAAUAUUAUUCGAUGCAGACUCCACUUCCCCCACCUCGCUGGAAGCCCGAGCGAAUCUCUUCACGUCUUCUCACGAAAUGCUAGCUUGAAGGCUGCUCGGCAAUUGCUCGCAGCGCAUCAGGACAUGAUCACUUCGGAGAUUUCGCACUCCGCCGAUUUCAUGAAAAUCCAAGGGACAGUCUUUCACCUAUUCAUGGGAGCGUUGAUUCUGGCAACAGACCUCUGUUGUAAUCAACCGAAUGGCGAGGAUCGUGAACGCCAAUCAUCUGAGUUGAUGGUAGCUUUAAAACAGCUGGAUGGGAUAAAGCAACAUUCCCAAAUUGCUGCAAAAUUCCUCGAGGAUUUGACGCAAUUGCUCGUCAAGUACGGAGUUUGGUCAUCCUACACGACUGUUUCACCAAAUGUGGGGAAUGAAUUGUCGCCAAAUGUGCACUCGUUUGGAAAUGGACAGAUUGGUGUACAAGAUCUUUCUAGCCCUCUUUCCUUUGAUGAUUUAUGGGAGACAUUUGUAGAACGGCCUUCCGCUCUAGAUAUGAUUGAUAUCUUGUAA